GCGCUCUCUUUCGGUUUGGUCGGCCGCUGGAGGAGAGUGGACCCCCCCCCCCACUUUGAGGCUUUUUCCCCGGCGCCUCCCUGCCGCCCCCCGGUCCCGGCGCGGGGCUCGGGGAUGCCCGCCAGCAUGUUCAGCAUCGACAACAUCCUGGCCGCCCGGCCGCGCUGCAAAGACUCGGUGCUGCCCGUGGCGCCCAGCGCCGCGGCUCCCGUCGUCUUCCCGGCCCUGCACGGGGACUCGCUCUACGGCGCCGGCGGCGGCGCCUCCUCGGACUAUGGCGCCUUCUAUCCGCGCCCGGUGGCCCCCGGCGGCGCAGGCCUCCCGGCCGCGGUCGGCGGCUCCCGCCUCGGCUACAACAACUACUUCUACGGGCAGCUGCACGUGCAGGCGGCGCCCGUGGGCCCGGCCUGCUGCGGGGCCGUGCCGCCGCUGGGCGCCCAGCAGUGCUCCUGCGUCCCGACGCCCCCAGGCUACGAGGGCCCCGGCUCGGUGCUAGUGUCCCCAGUGCCGCACCAGAUGCUGCCCUACAUGAACGUGGGCACCCUGUCGCGCACCGAGCUGCAACUCCUCAACCAGCUGCACUGCCGGCGGAAGCGGCGGCACCGCACCAUCUUCACGGACGAGCAGCUCGAAGCGCUGGAGAACCUCUUCCAGGAGACCAAGUACCCAGACGUGGGUACCCGCGAGCAGCUGGCCCGGAAGGUGCACCUCCGCGAGGAGAAAGUGGAGGUCUGGUUUAAAAAUCGCCGUGCCAAAUGGAGGCGGCAGAAGCGGUCCUCGUCGGAGGAGUCGGAAAACGCCGAGAAGUGGAACAAGGCGUCGUCAAAGGCGUCGCCCGAGAAGAGGGAAGAGGAAGGUAAAAGCGAUUUGGACUCGGACAGCUGACGGCCGCGGGCCGGCUGCGGCUCUUGACUAACUCGAAGGACUUGCACAGACAGACGAUGCUACUUUCUUGCACACGCGCUGCCUUGCGGGAGGGGGCCGAGAAAGAGGAACGAGGAGCUGUAAAUAGUGUACAGAGCCCGGAGGGUUGGCGCCUGGGGUCGGGGGUGCGCAGGGGCUCGAGCCCCGAAGUCCAAGGCCGCCAGCGCCUCGCUCCCCACCGUAGUAUUUAUAGUUAAGUUAACGGUGACGAUACAAUAAAGUGAUGGCGAUGUAGUCGG